CACUCACCAGUCCUCUCAUCUCCGCCUCUUGCUCGGCCGUUGGUUCUUCUUCGACCCCCUCUGUCAUUACUUUUCUCUGCGUGUGAGAGAGAGAGAUGGCACCGAUUGCAGUGGGCGCCACCCUCCCCGACGGCACUCUCUCCUACUUCGACGCGGAGGACAAUCUGCAGCAGGCCACCGUUCACUCCCUGGCCGCCGGCAAGAAGGUCAUCCUUUUCGGAGUCCCCGGCGCCUUCACCCCAACCUGCAGCUUGAAGCAUGCUCCGGGCUUCAUUGAUCAUGCUGAGGAAUUGAAAUCAAAGGGCAUCGAUGAAAUUUUGCUCUUGAGUGUCAAUGAUCCCUUUGUGAUGAAGGCUUGGGCUCAGACAUACCCCCACAACAAGCAUGUCAAGUUCCUGGCAGAUGGUUCAGCAGCUUACACUCAUGCCCUUGGCCUUGAGCUUGAUCUCUCUGAGAAAGGGCUUGGUGUCCGCUCCCGCAGGUUUGCACUGUUGGUAGAUAAUCUGCAAGUGAAGCUGGCCAACAUCGAAGAAGGUGGCGCCUUCACCGUUAGUAGUGCUGAAGACAUCCUCAAGGUUCUCUAGGGAUGCCAUCUAGUCCAUGCCCUUCGUACUCUAUCUUGGUGCCUCCGUGCUUUUUGCUGAAUAAGUUUUGUUGCUUUUGUAGCCAAUUGAUGCUGUUGAAGCUAUUAUGCUAUCCUGUUAGAUAAUCAUGUUGAAAUAGAUGAUAGGUGCUGUGCAUGUUAAGCACCUUCUUUGUCUUAUAAUGCGGAUAGUUUUGUGUCAAAGCUAAUCUGGAGUUUGGUUUUGCGUAUUUAGUCAUCAGAAGAAAAUAAUGUUUGUUGUGUUUUA